AUGAGAGAAAGCAAACUUCAUUUAUUAUGUAGUCUUACUAUAUGGCUGAGACAUCAUUAUGAUACUAGAUUAAUACGUGCAACUGGUAUAUUAUUAAUUGAAGAAUUAUUACAAAUUCUUAUAGUUAUUUUUCAACAUGCUGUUGAAACAAAUCGUUUUCCUUAUGGAGAAUUUUUUCUCGAUAUUAUUUGCGUAUGGAUAUUCCUAGCAGCAAUAUUAAUUACAUUUGCUUUAGCCAAGAAAAUUUCUAAAUAUAAAGCACGUAUAAUAAAAUUGGAAUCAUUUCAAACAUCUAUUACGAAAUAA